UGAAUGUCCAUCCUGGAACCGAACCUUUCAAACGGAUAACUCCCAAAAUCAACAGUGAGCUGACACUUGACAGACAAACAACACAAAGAAAGAAACCUCUCCCUCCUGUGAUUGAUUAAAAAUGGCAACAGCAACUUUUUCCCUCCCUCUCUCUCAAAACAAAUUCCCUCUUUAUCACUUCUCUUCUGCGCGCCGUCGGUUUCCCAUUCCAGACCUUCACUCACCUCUCAAAAUCUGCUGUUCUGGUAGUAGAGAUGGUUCUCAAUCAAGGGAAAGCUUGUUUCAGUUUAAGAAGGAGAUUAAUUAUGUGGCUUGUGGCAUUCUCGCUGCUUGGGCUGUGACUGCUGCUUCACCUGUAAUUGCUGCUGGUCAGAGGCUGCCCCCACUAUCGACAGAACCCAACCGCUGUGAGAAGGCAUUUGUCGGGAAUACGAUUGGUCAAGCAAAUGGUGUUUAUGACAAGCCUAUUGAUCUUCGCUUCUGUGAUUAUACAAAUGACAAAUCCAAUCUAAAGGGGAAGUCUCUUGCAGCAGCACUCAUGUCAGAUGCGAAGUUCGAUGGUGCUGAUAUGACAGAAGUGGUAAUGUCUAAGGCUUAUGCUGUUGGAGCUAGCUUCAGAGGAGUAGACUUCUCAAAUGCUGUUUUAGACCGAGUUAACUUCGGAAAAGCUGAUCUCAAAGGAGCUGUAUUUAAGAACACUGUGCUAUCAGGCUCCACAUUUGAUGAAGCUCAACUGGAAGAUGCUAUUUUCGAGGAUACUAUUAUCGGCUACAUUGAUCUUCAGAAGAUUUGCAGAAACACAUCCAUUGGUCCUGAUGGAAGGGCUGAACUGGGCUGCCGAUGACCUCAAGUUUAUCUCAUGAUUAAUAUAUGUUCCUACAUUUUAUAUAUUCAGAAUUAUGUUGAGCGGUUCCAAACUGAUAUAGAGCAAGACAAUCUUCAUUCUCAGUGAAUCUUGAACACAAAAAUUUUAUGAAAGCUACCAUACUGAGACCCCCUUCUUUUUUU